AUGACUACAUUUACCACCACAUUUUUCCAGCUGAAGUACGAAGGAACGCUAUGUUUACACUCGAUUGGCAGGCUCACCAGUGGAGAGCUCCGAAGUACCUAUGGUCUAGGUCUUCAGAUCAUUAAAGUCAGUUGCUUCGAAGACCCAAGUAUUAGGCUUCAGCAGCUAUGGAUGAAUCAGAAAGGUUGA